CCGAAUACGGUCUGCGAACGACGAUGAAUCAAGCCACGGGCCAAAUGGCCCAGCAAGGCCAGCCUCAGCCUCAGGGUGGUGCACAGGCUCCUGCUGCCCAGAACCGGCCUCCCAUGUAUCAGCCCGGCCAGAUCAAAAACCUGCCCUUUCUCAGCGAUGAUGAGAAGACCAAAUACGAGCAAGGAUUGCGGGGUCUUUGGACCAAGAUGAACGGCUCCCCUACCAACAGCCCAGACCAGAUCGCAGCUCGGCAAAAGAUUAUUGAGUUCUCCCGGAUGCUGAUUGGGAAGAUCCAGCAGAGACGGACACUUGCCGCUCAGCAGCAGGGCCAGCAACAGCCUCAAGCAAGGCCGCAACAAAAGACACAAGGUGCAGGAACCGAAGUUACGGCAGCUGGUGCCGCUGGUCCGGCGCAGAAUGCUCAAGGACAAGCACCCGCGACAGCAGCUCCAGCGGUAGCGCAGCGACCCAAGAUACCUGAAAACUACAUGAAAAUGGCCAACGCCGCCAUUCUUCGACCUCCUCCGGUGCAGCUGACAGAUAAAUCUGCUAAUGGCGCCAAAUGGAUGGAAGAAUUGAAGGAACGCUUUGCACGGGCGCUCAUGACUAUGGACACUACGAAGAAUAAUGUUGCCAACUGGGAAAAGCUGAUGAACGAUCGAAAUGCUCAGGGCAAUCCCCUCAAAGAUGAAGAACUUCGAAAAUUCCAGCUGAGAAAAGACCAACAGCUGAAGCUUUACUCCGAGGCUCACAAGUGGGUUGAGGGUGUUCGCAAACAGCAAGGAAACUUUCAAGGAGCCGCUGCUCAUGCCAACCAAGCCUCAGCUGGCGCCGCUGGUGCUGCUCAUGCUCCUGGCCAGCCUGGCAACGCUACUCCGGUCAUGCCAUCCGCAUCUCCAGUUGUAGCAGCUGCUGGCACUGCCGCAAACAAACCGCAGAAUGGCAAUCUGCCUGCGCAAAUGCCUGGCAAUGCUGCUGUAGAGGCGGCCAAAAACCAACAGCAGAUGCCAGCCGGCAAUCGUGUUUCUACGCCAACGCUGCAGCCGCAAGCACGACCGGUCCCAAACACUGCUCCCACAGCACAGCAGCAGAUGCAAGGGCAGCAGCAGAUGCAACCGCAGAUGCAUGCACCGCAACAGCAGCAAAUGCAAUCGCAGCAACAAGCACAACUGCAGCAGCAGAUGCACGCUCAGCCUCAGGGACAGCCCCAGCCUCAGAUUCAAGUCAAGACGGAGCCACCGCGGCCGGCGCCGGUCAACACAGCUCUCGCUUCAGCUGCUGCACAGGCUCAGGUUGCUCAACAGACUGCAUCUCCCGCUCAAGCAGCGGCACGCGUACAAACCCCACAAACUGCAACUCCCGUAGCUGGCCCUGGACAGCCCACACGAGCUCUCAGCCAUUCCGCCGCCAUGUCUCUCGCUAAUCAAAGAGCAGCCGGAAGCACGCCUGGAAGCGCUCCGCUACCCAAUCAGCCUACAAACAUGAACACGGCUGCAGCUACAGCUACUGUGAACAAUCCCAAUAUGGGGGUAUCGGGAGCACAACUCCAACAAGGUCAUUCUCAUGCUCACCCUACGCAGCAGCCUGCUACUGCUCAACCAAGAAUGCCGAUCCCCAAGCAACUGCCAGAAAAGGCCACUGCAGUUCCUCAGGGAGUGGCAGUCGGCGGCGGUGUCGUUCCUGGACGACCAACCAUGUCUCAAGGCGGUGGAACCGUGGGAGGAGUCAUGAAUCAACCAGCUGUGCCCAGAAUACCAGCCUACAAUCACGAUGCUGAAGGCGACCACGUUUUGAGCAAGAAGAAGUUGGAUGAGCUUGUACGACAAGUCUGCGGAGGACCUGCGGAGGGCCAGGACGGCAGUUUUCUGACCCCAGAAGUAGAGGAGAGCGUCUUGAGCUUGGCCGACUCCUUCGUCGACAACGUCCUUCAUGCCGCUUGCAGAAAUUCUAAAGAGCGCGGCUCCAAGAUGCUUGAAAUACGAGAUAUUCAGCUCGUGCUAGAGCGAACUUAUAACAUUCGUGUUCCAGGCUACUCCUCUGAUGAACUGCGGACGGUACGCAAAGUCCAGCCAUCUACGGGUUGGAUCGCGAAGAUGAGUGCUGUGCAAGCAGCCAAGGUAAUGCCUGGAAAGGGCGAGUAAUGCGAUGUGUUGAACAUCUGUUCAUAGCAUUUCUUGACAAAAAAUUGGGCCAAGUUUCGGCCCGGCUGCUAUAUUCGCUUCGGGCCAAUUUGGUUUUCAGGGUUGGAUGGUAACGAGAUUUGAUACGAAACGGCGUUUUAGGGAAUAAUAAUAACGGAUACCUGGCUAGGUGGAUAUAGGCUGUUUGAUUUGCUUUUCACGAGGGCUGGCUUGCAACAAGAGCCACCAGCAACUGACGGCUCAUUUGAUCUUGCUAUGCGUGGGCAAACCACGAUGGUUUCUAGCCGUUUAUAUUGCCAGAAAGAGAUAAUGCAGAGGCACUAAGGCUAAUUACGAAUUCCAUAAAAUGGAUUUUGUAACCUUUUCACUUGGAAUAAAGACAUGGAGUGACGCGAUGGUUGGG